AUGGGGAUUUGUAGGGUUUUUGUUCACCUGAAUUGUAACUUGCUGUCACAGAAGGAUGCCCUGCAAUGGUCUCGAAAUCCGGCUGCAGUAGAUGGAGAAGAGCCAGAGGACUCAGCUGAUGUGGAGAGUUGUGGGUCUAAUGAAGCCAGCACUGUGAGUGGUGAAAAUGACGUAUCUCUUGAUGAAACAUCUUCAAAUGCAUCUUGUUCUACAGAAUCUCAGAGUCGGUCUGUUUCCAAUCCCAGGGACAGCUACCGAGCUUCCUCACAGGCAAACAAACAAAAGAAAAAGACUGGAGUAAUGCUGCCUCGAGUUGUCCUGACUCCUCUGAAGGUAAACGGGGCCCACGUGGAAUCUGCAUCAGGGUUCUCAGGCCGCCAUGCCGAUGGCGAGAGUGGCAGCCCAUCCAGCAGCAGCAGCGGCUCUCUGGCCUUGGGCAGCGCUGCUAUUCGUGGCCAGGCCGAGGUCGCCCGGGACCCUGCCCCGCUCCUGAGAGGCUUCCGGAAGCCAGCCACAGGUCAAAUGAAGCGCAACAGAGGAGAAGAGAUAGAUUUUGAGACACCCGGGUCCAUUCUUGUCAACACCAACCUCCGUGCCCUGAUAAACUCAAGGACUUUCCAUGCCCUGCCAUCACAAUUCCAGCAGCAGCUCCUCUUCCUCCUGCCUGAGGUGGACAGACAGGUGGGGACAGAUGGCCUGUUGCGCCUCAGCAGCAGUGCACUCAAUAAUGAAUUUUUCACCCAUGCAGCUCAGAGCUGGCGGGAACGCCUGGCUGAUGGUGAAUUCACUCAUGAGAUGCAAGUCAGAAUACGACAGGAAAUGGAGAAGGAAAAGAAGGUGGAGCAAUGGAAAGAAAAGUUCUUUGAAGACUACUAUGGACAGAAAUUGGGUUUGACCAAAGAAGAGUCAUUGCAGCAGAACAUGGGCCAGGAGGAGGCUGAAAUCAAGAGUGGCUUACGUGUCCUGGGAGAAUCAGCACGGCCACAGCAUGGCCCAGCCACCCGUCAGCGGGAUGGACAUUUUAAGAAACGCUCUAGGCCAGAUCUCCGAACCAGAGCCAGAAGAAAUCUGUACAAAAAACAGGAGCCAGAACAAGCAGGAGUUGCUAAGGAUGCAAACUCUGUGGUACCAGAUGUCAUGCUUUCCAAGGGUGGGGAGGCUAAGCCGGAUGCAGCAGGGGUGAGCAGUCCCCCCCGGCCAGGCCUGUUCUCUGCAGCACCCGGCCCACAGGGUCCUGAAUGCCCCAGCGAACCUGUAGAUUCCCGGAUCCAGAGUGAGCCAGACAACUUGGCACGUGCCUCUGCAUCUCCAGACAGAAUUCCCAGUUUGCCUCAGGACACUGUGGAUCAGGAGCCAAAGGAUCAGAAGAGGAAAUCCUUUGAGCAGGCGACCUGUGCUUCCUUUCCCGAAAAGAAACCCCGGCUUGAAGAUCGUCAGUCCUUUCGUAACACAAUUGAAAGUGUUCACACCGAAAAGCCACAGCCCACUAAAGAGGAGCCCAAAGUCCCGCCCAUCCGGAUUCAACUUUCACGUAUCAAACCACCCUGGGUGGUUAAAGGUCAGCCCACUUACCAGAUAUGCCCCCGGAUCAUCCCCAUCACGGAGUCCUCCUGCCGGGGCUGGACUGGUACCAGGACCCUCGCAGACAUUAAAGCCCGUGCUUUGCAGGCCCGAGGGGCGAGAGGCCACCACUGCCAUCGAGAGGCGGCCACCACUGCCAUCGGAGGGGGGGGUGGCCCGGGUGGAGGUGGCAGCGGGACCACCGAUGAGGGAGGUGGCAGAAGCAGCAACAGUGGUGAUGGUGGUGAGGCCUGUGGCCACUCUGAGCUCAGGGGAGCCUCAAACACCCCUGGAGAGUGUGCGUCAGAUCUACAGCGAACACAACUACUGCCGCCUUGUUCUCUGAGUGGGGAGAACACACAGGCUGCAACUGCCAUGUCUAGAGCCAGGAGAGGGGACCUGGCUGCUCUCAGAAAGGAGGAAAGCUGCCCACCGCAGCAGGUUGCAGGUAUACUCACAAGUGAGCUGGAGGAUGCUUCCCAGCCCCCCAUUGCUCCCACUGGGGACCAGCCGUGUCAGGCUUUGCCCCCACUCUCCUCCCAGACCCCAGUGGCUGAGAGGUUAGCAGAGCAGCCUAAGUUGCAUCCAGAUAGUAGAACUAAAUGUGAGUCUGGCACUACUUCCUGGGAAGAGGGGAUCGAGGAACGAGGAGCCAGUGCUUCCCUGGAGAGUGGUGUACAGUCUGUAGUGGGAGAUGUAUUAGAAGGAACUGGCCAGGCUCUUGAUAGUAAUCCCACCACGAAGGAUCCUAUAAAUGUGACAUCUGAUUCCGCCCUUGAAUCAUCAUUGACUGACUGCCUACAGAAUAGACCUUUUGAUGAUGAAUUAGGACUUGGUGACUUAGGCACACCCAUGAGGGACAGUGAUAAUAGACAGGAAGCCUUGAAAACUAUGACACUCAUGACCGACAGUGCUGCUCCUUGGAUGCCCAUCCUGUCAAAUGAUGAGGUAGUGAAACAGCCUGAGCCAGAAUCCAGAAAGAAUGUACCAUCUGUGCAGCCCCAGGGCAGAGAAGAGUGGAAGAGAGCUGCUUCCCUCCUUGCCAUGGUGUCUGGGGGUUUGGCAGUCAAGGAAGAUGUGAUUCCUCCUGACAGCAGUGCUUUGCUGUGGAUGAGGCCACCUCAUAGAGGACAGGGGGACACUGGCAGCAAUGGCAAGCAUGUGGAUGUUGAAAAUCUGAAAAUCAAUGGAGACUCUGAAGCACUGAGUCCUCACAGUGAGUCCACAGACACAGCCUCUGACUUUGAAGGCCACCUUACUGAGGACAGCAGUGAGGCUGACACUGGUGAAGCCACAGUGACUAAGGGAGCCUCAGUGAACAAGGAGAAGUGUGAUUGGAACCAGUCCACCUCACUGUCCAAGGUGAACAGUGACCUGAGUCUGGUUACAAGGACAGAGGGAAUGGUUGCUUCUCAGAGCUGGGUGUCUCGUGUAUGUGCAGUCUCUGAGAAGAUCCCCGACUCCCUCAUGUUGGCCCAUACUGAGUACCAGCCUAGACUUGUGUGCCCACCCAGGCCCGGGUCCACAGUGGAGGCCACUAGCCCACUGGUGACGAAAUUACUGCAAGGUAACUUGCCGCUGGAGAAAGUUCUCCCUCUAGCCCAUAAGGGCAGCAAGCUAGAAUCCCUACAGCUGACACUUACAAGAGAACAGAGCCUGGGUGGGUCCCUAGGCAUGGGAGCUUUGCAUGAGCCUGGGGAAAGCGGUCACCUGGUUGGCAGAAGCAGCCCUGGUUCUUUAAGAGCAUUAAAGGAGCCUCUACUGCCUGAGAGCUGUGAAGCCAGCCCUGGUCUUGGCAGUGCAGAGGCCACACGGGCUCCUGGAUUGCCCCAGAUUUCCAAGAUGGUCCCAAGUUUAGACUCACUAGUGAUAGAUCCAGUGACUACCUCCGGGAAUCUGGAAGAAAUGGAUUCCAAAAAACAUUUCUCCUCUUUUAUUUCUGAAGAGCAAAAAGAAGUCCAGGCUGAGACUCAGUGUAGUAAUUCAAGUGCUGCUUCAGACAGAAGUCCAGGAGAUCUCACUACCUCGAGAGUACCACAUGUACCCUCAUCUCCAAAUGUGGUCUCCUUUGGUGCAGAGCAGACAGGUGGGGCCCUGGGUGAUCAGAACCAUGCUGGAGGCCAAGGGAAGAAGCUCUUUGGCCCUAGGAACAUGGCUGCAACCCUUCAGUGCCCCAGGCCUGCAGACCCGAUGCCAUUGCUUGCUGAGGUCCCUCCAGUUUUUCCCAGUAGGAAGUUGGGGCCAAGCAAAAAUUCUGUGUCUGAUGGAGUGCAUACUACAAGGGAAGAUUGGGUUCCAAAGCCACCCCCAGCACCUGCUGGCAACAUCAAGAGCGACAAAGUUUUCAUGGGGGAUUCUUUUAAGGCAAAUGCAGAGAACAGAAAAGCUAGUGUGCACAGUCCUCUGGAACUAGUGGGUCACCUGCAAGGGAUGCCCUUUGUCAUGGACCUGCCUUUCUGGAAAUUACCCCGGGAGCCAGGGAAGGGGCUCAGUCAGCCUCUGGAGCCUUCUUCUAUCCCCUCCCAACUCAACAUCAAGCAAGCUUUUUAUGGGAAACUUUCUAAACUCCAGCUGAGUUCCACCAGCUUUAAUUACUCCUCCAGCUCUCCGGCCUUUCCCAAAGGCCUUGCUGGCAGUGUGGUGCAGCUGAGCCACAAAGCAAACUUCGGUGCAAGCCACAGUGCAUCACUCUCCCUGCAGAUGUUCACUGACAGCAGCACGGUGGAAAGCAUCUCACUCCAGUGUGCAUGCAGCCUGAAAGCCAUGAUCAUGUGCCAAGGCUGUGGUGCGUUCUGUCAUGAUGACUGUAUUGGACCCUCAAAGCUCUGUGUAUUGUGCCUUGUGGUGAGAUAAUAAAUUAUGGCCAUUGGAAAAAUUGUAUAUUUAGUGUGUGUAUUUUGAUAAUGAUUGACCUUAAAUCUGUAUACAGAAUAUCAUUGAUAAACAGACUCUUUUUUCUCUCUAGGCAAGAGCAUUCUUGCCUCACCCUAAAAUUUAUAGUGCUAAAGCCUUUUGUUUCCUGUCAGCCCUUCCAGUCUUGCUGGAGGGGUUUUCUGGAGGGCAACCUGUGGGGCUGCGCAAAGCCAGUCAGUCUGACCUUCUCGAAUACCUACAGCUUGGUGUGGCAGGGGAAUCUACCUGACACCCAGAUGGACUUGAAACAAGAAGGCUAUGUUCUUCACCAAGGGAACCCAACCACCUGACCUGAGCAGGAAAGUCAGUCUUCCACUGCCCCUGCCUGAAACCUUUUCUUCUGCUACUUUGUGUGGGGAGUUGAUGGUUGGGGAAGAAGCUGCACAGGGUUAAAGUAACUCCCAGCAUUGCCCACCAGGGGGAUCAAGUACCUGCUGACUUCUGGGUCACAGUUUAGUCGUUUGCCAGUCGAUGGAGCCAGUUUGGGACUUCCUGUCUCAGUGCGACCUUUUGAAAGCUUGAAUAGCUUGGACUGUGGGGUCGGGGAAUAGGAAUCUCCUAAGAAAAUGCCCUCUGUAGACCUGGUGAGUGAACUGUACAGACGUUUGCAGGUAAUUCUGUUUGUCACCCACCCGGUCCCGUUAGACUCUGUGGGGACUGGGCAUCUCCACGCACCUGUGUAUGUGAAAAUCAUUUUACAUUUCCAAGCAGUGUGUUUCUUAUUUUUAUAUUUUUAACUCUUUAUUCUUGGAUGUAUAAAGUGAACUUUUUGGCUUCUGUAAGUAUGCUCUAUGCACCUCUAAUGUUUUAUCCUGUAUUUAUAUGUUGUACACAGUACUGGCCAAUUCUGUAAAUGGAUGUAUUGUACAGAGAACAUGAAUGUCUCUUCCUUAUUUUACGUCUUCAGCAUCAUUACAUUUAAGAGGUGUCAUUUAUUUCUCUACACCAAUUGUCAGAGCCACUGAGUGCUGUGCUGCCUGAUGUUUAGAGGGAAGUGACUAACUUGCGACCUGUGGUUGGCCUGGUGCCUUGUCCCAUUUCACCAGGGGAUCUAUCAUGACCCACAGAGCCAUGGUUGGCCCACCUGCACAUCACUGAGCAAAUGCAUCUUGCGCCUCACUUCUGUUCUCCUCUUUAAUGGCCACUUGGCUGCCAUAUGUGGCAAAUCACCACCACCACCAGUGUUAAGUGCUUCUGAACUCAUGGGUAAGUUUUCUGGGUGACCCCUAGGCAGGCCUUCUGGAUCUGGCUCCAGGAUCCUCACCUGUCAACAGCAAUAUCUGGGACCACCAGGCUCCUUUUGGCUUAACUUUUGACAGUAGAGUGGGAAGAAACAAAGCCAUGUCUGCUGCCUGCCUUUUCCAGCACACUAAACAAGCAGGUGCCCCUGUAUUCAUCAUCUCUCAUCUUGCUUCCUGCCUUGUUUAAUUUAGGCCUGUCUUCCUUGUGUGAGUGCUUCUGUAUGAAGUGUAAAAUUUAUAUGCCUUGGGCAAGCUUUCUCUCAUGUGAAAGGUUUUUUUUUUCCCCCACUUAAUCUGAGGUAGCAUUUUUUUGUCAUCUGAAGCAUGAAUGAGAAGUUGGUGAUAAUGUGAUUUAAAUGCAGUAUUGGCCAAGUCCAAGUUGUCAGCUCAAGAGUCUGUUUACCAAAGACCCAGGAGCAGGAGCCCAAGCAUGUGCAGUCCUCCUCUUCCUUCUGGGACCUUUGGGGCCUCUCAAAGGUUUGACAGUGGUCUUGUCCAUGGGGCUGCCCAGAGAAAAGCACUGCUCUUGUAUGUCUCUUGUGGUAUUGGAAAAAUAAACCUGUACAAACUGCAUUUGUGGUCUCAGUCAUCUUCUGUGGCUGCCUGCUGAUGUGGGAAGGACUGGG